AUGGACCUGAAUAGCACUGUGUAUGAGUUCAUUCUGUUAGGGUUCACACAGAAUGCCCUAAAGGAGGAAAUAGUGUUUGUGGUCUUCCUGUUUAUCUACCUUGCAACUCUGCUGGCAAAUUUAUUUAUUGUGAUGACCAUCAGAUACAGUCAGAUGCUUGGGAGCCCCAUGUACUUCUUUCUUUUCUACUUAUCCUUUGCUGAUGCCUGUUUCUCCACAACCACAGCACCCAGAAUGAUUAGAGAUGCUGUAUCUGAGAAGAAAGUGAUCUCCUACAAUGAAUGCAAGACCCAGAUCUUUGAAUUUCACUUCUUUGGGUGUAUGGAGACCUUGAUGCUCAUUCUCAUGUCCUUUGAUUGCAAUGUGGCCAUUUGUAAGCCCCUGAGAUACACAACCAUCAUGAACAGACAUGUCUGUGGUAUGUUGCUGAAUCUGGCCUGGGGAGCAUCUUGUAUCCAUUCCUCAGCACAGAUUAUUUUAGCUUUGAAAUUACCCUUCUGUGGACCUAAUAUUAUUGAUCUCUACUUCUGUGAUCUGCAGGCUCUGUUGAAACUUGCCUGCAUGGACAUUCAUGUCAUAAAUCUACUUAUAGUCUUUAAUAGUGGGGCCAUAUGCAUGGUGAGUUUUAUAAUCCUGAUCAUCUCCUAUAUUUUUAUCUUACAUGAUCUGAGUAACCAGAGUGCAGAAGGAAGAAGGAAAGCCCUCUCCACCUGCACCUCCCACAUAACUGUGGUCACCUUGUUCUUUGUUCCAUGUUCAUUCACAUACAUUCGCCCUCCAACCACAUUUCCCAUGGACAAAUGGAUGGCAUUGUUUUGCACUAUUUGUACUCUCUUGCUCAAUCCUUUGAUUUGCACCCUGACAAAUGCAGAAGUUAAAAAUGCCAUGAGAAAGUUAUGGUGCAGCAAAAUGUGA